AUGAGGGGCUCUCCUACCUCUGGCUCAAAGCCAGAGAAGACCAUGUCUUCGCGGCUGCUGACCAUGAAGUUCAUGCAACGUGCUGCUGCCACAAAUGCUACCCGUGAAACAUCCCAGCCCGCAUCCACCGACGAGUCCAAGGCCUCUACUCCCCCGAAGCGACAGAGAUUGUCCACCGGCCCCGCUGAAAGUCCUAUCGGCACCCCCAAGUCGGAUCUCGAGGCGAUCUCGGCUGCCCUCGCUGAGGAAGAGGAAAAACGGAAGGAAGCACUUGCACGCCAGGCUCAAGACUCGGGUGACACAGAAUGGGUGCUCGACUAUGGUGUAGCGGAGCCCGUUGCUCAGUAUGCGCCGCCGCCGUUCAUUGUCGCGGAUGGCUCGCUGGAUGCGGACGAUGAUGACAUGGCUGUUGGUGGCCGACAAGCAUACGGCAAUUUCAAACGAAAGAAGAAGACCGCGACCGGUGAAACCGAGGCCGAGUCCGAUGAUGACGAUGUUGAUGCGAUGAUCAAGAAGGAAAGCAACAAGCCACAUCGUGUCAAAUUGUCACAACUCACAAGCAUCUCUGGUGGAAGACAUUCGACGAUGGGCGACGAUAAGAAGCAAAAGAAGCGCAAACAUAAAUAA